AUGCCCAGAGCCCCCUCUCUUUUGGCUAAAAUUCCCUGGUACAUCCGCCUCGUCAAACCUCCCCACCGCUUGCAUUCCAUGAAAAACUCCUACACCAUCCUUGCCGACGGCAGCGCCAUCCAAAAACCGAUCUUGGACGAGCGCAGCUACCGUUUCUUGAAGCUCAACAAUAAUCUACAUGUAUUGGCCAUCCAUGACCCCGCCGCAGACCGUUCGGGCGCUGCGCUAGAUGUUCACGUCGGCUCCUUUGCAGAUAAAAAGUACGGGGUGCCUGGAUUGGCGCAUUUCUGCGAGCAUCUUCUCUUUAUGGGUACGGCCAAGUAUCCGGAAGAGAACGAGUAUUCGAGCUAUCUCUCCAAACACUCGGGCCAUUCCAAUGCAUACACAGCUGCAGAGCACACCAAUUAUUAUUUCGAGGUUGGUUCGGACCACUUGGAGGGUGCAUUGGACCGCUUUGCGCAGUUCUUCAUCAGCCCGUUAUUCAGCACUAGUUGUAAGGAUAGAGAGAUCCGCGCCGUAGACUCCGAGAACAAGAAGAAUUUGCAGAACGAUCUUUGGCGCAUGUACCAGCUCGAUAAACUGACCAGUAACCCUGAACAUCCGUACAAUGGCUUCUCCACUGGUAAUUUUACCACCUUGAACGACGAGCCGGUCAGCCGUGGCGUCAACGUGAGAGACGUUUUGCUCCAGUUUUACAAGGAACAAUACUCGGCCAACAUCAUGAGCUUGGUCAUUCUCGGCAAAGAGUCUCUUGACGACCUUACCGAAUGGGCCAUUACCAAGUUUUCUGACGUUCCAGACAAUUCUCUUCCGCGCCCAUCGUACGACGGUCAGCUUAUCUAUGGUCCUGAACAAAUGGGGAAACUCACAAAGGCAAAGCCCAUCAUGGUGGCCAACAAAUUGGAAAUGUCCUUUUUGUUGCCUAGUGAUAUGGAAGAGCACUGGAAGUCCAAACCAGCACAGUAUUUCUCUCAUCUUUUGGGCCACGAAAGUAAGGGCUCGCUCCUAUACUAUCUCAAGAGUUUGAAUUGGGUGAACGAACUCUCCGCCGGUAACAUGAAGGUCUGUCAGGGUUGCUCGCUUUUCAUGGUUGAGCUCGAAUUGACACCUGAGGGUCUUUCAAACUGGGAGGCCAUUGUUGUUCACCUCUUCGAAUACUUGAAAAUGGCAAAAGGAACCGAUCCUCAGCAUUGGCUCUGGAAAGAGAUCAGUGACAUGUCUAAAAUUGACUUUCGCUUCCGUCAAAAAGCUGGCACUUCUUCAACUGUGUCGAAAAUCAGUAAUAGCUUGUACAAAUUCACAGAGGAUUACCACAUUCCUCCUGAAAACUUAUUAGAUUAUACCAUUCUCCAAGAUUUCGACCCAGCCGAAAUCACAAAAUAUGGCAGCUAUCUCGUACCAUCCAAUUUCCGCAUGACUCUUUCUUCUCAAAGUCUUGACGGGCUUACUGAAAAAGAGAAAUGGUACGGAACAGAGUACUCCUUCGAUGACAUCCCAUCGAGUCUCAUGGAAAAAUUGAAGCAAGUCUCCAGCAAUGAGGGAUUGCACUUACCUGUUCCAAACACAUUUAUUCCCGAGGACUUCACUGUACAUGGAGAGAAGUCAUCAACGCCUCUCCGCCAUCCAUAUCUCAUCACUGAUAAUAGCAAAUUCGAGACAUGGUUUAAAAAAGACGACACAUUCCGUGUGCCUAAGGGCUACAUCAAUCUUACUAUACAUGCUCCACCACUAGGUGACUCAGUCAAAACAGCAGUUAUGGGUACAUUGUUGUGCGAACUCUUUGAUGAUGAAUUGUCUGACUUAAAGUACUACGCCAGUAUUGUCGGUUUGUCUUCGAGUAUGUUCCAAUACAGAGAUGCAUUCUCCAUGAAAUUUGGCGGCUACAAUGACAAGCUACCUGUGCUUCUUAAGGAGGUACUUAGCAAAUUGAUCAACUUCGAACCUCUGAAGGACCGUUUUGAGCCAAUAAAGUACAAAGUUGCCAAGGAGCUAGUCAAUGCUGGCUUUGACACUCCGUACUCCCAGAUUGGUGGUCAUUUUUUGCAGCUUGUUAAUGAGAAGACAUACACUGACAUCGAGAAACAACAAGCAAUCGAGAGCCUCACAUUUGAUGAAAUCUCUGAGUUUGCCAAGUCAACCCUUUGGUCCAAAGGUGUUUUCGUGCAGAGUUUGAUUCAUGGAAACUUCGAGUACUCCACUGCGGCGCAAGUAGAUAAACUCAUCAAAGAUAUUUGCGCACCUCUUGAUGCAAUUGCUGACCUGAAGGAAGAGGUCAAUAAUAUUGUCAAGUUCCAGAGUCACAAAUUUGAAAUUGGCGAACAAGCAAGAUAUGAGCUUGACUUACCUGACCCUAACAACGUUAAUUCGUGUAUUGAGUACUUCGUGCAGAUUGGCCAGCUCAAGAAUGAGAACAAUAAGUUGCGUGUCUUGACUGAUUUAUUGUGUGUCAUUCUCCAUGAGCCGUGCUUCAAUCAGUUGAGAACAAAAGAACAAUUGGGGUACGUCGUGUUCUCUGGAUACAGACUGAACAGAUCGUACUUUGGUCUUCGCAUUUUGAUUCAAUCAGAGAGGCCUUGCGAAUACCUUGAGUUCCGAAUUGAGAAAUUCUUGGAGAAGUUCAGAACAAAACAUCUUGGUGAGGCACUUUCGGAGGAAGCAUUUGCGAAAUUCAAGCAAGCGCUCAAGAUGAAGAAGCUCACUAAAUUGAAAAACUUGCAUGACGAGUGUUCCGCUUAUUGGAACCAUAUCAACGAUGGGUACUAUGACUUCGAGCAGAAACAAAACGAUGUUGACAUACUCGAGACAAUCACAAAGGAAGAGUUUUUGACCUUCUUCACUGAAUACAUUGCUCUUGAUACUAAGUCCAAGUCUGCUACAGUGGCCGUUUGUUUGAAAUCACAGAAAGACCCUGAAUUUAGCGAGAGCAAAAACUUAUCUACAGCCAUCCACAACUACAUCUACGAGAAUGAUUAUGACUUGAACUCCGAUGUCUUGGAUAAAAUUAUCGAGCAAAAGGAGCACAAUUUGGAAACCAUUGCCAAGGAGAUCCUGCAGAAAUUGAAAGAUUCGGGAGCCGUUCAAGAUCCUAACUCUUUUGAACAGCAGUUCAUCAAACAGGUCCUGGAAAGAUCCAAGUUGCCAACUCCUGCAGUAUACCAUAAGGGAAGACUCUACACACUGGAUGUUCAAUUCAAACAGGAACAUACUUUGGGUGGAAGACCUACUGCGGUCACCGAACUCGAGAAGUUCCAUAUUCCACGGGAAGAAGCGCAUUUAUAG